AUGAAGUUGUCCACGUUAUGGCUACUGGUGAUCCGAAUCUCUUUGGCGCUUGGCCAACAGACCUAUAGCGAAAUGUCCACAAUUGAUUUGUUCGGAAAUCGGAAUCCAAUCUUCAACUAUAUGCCAAAUCCUGGCCAUAUUGAUCCAUCGCUGCUGGAUCAACGUGAGAAAUAUACGGAUCUACGGGAAGAAGAAGGCUGGUGGCAUUUGUUUCCCUAUGGACCGCUUUACAAUGAUGCUAAUCUACUCAACAAACCACAUCAUGAUCGUCAAAUUGAUUUCGACUUUGAUUUUCCUUUUUAUGGGUUUCGAUUCAAUUACACUAUGAUCUAUCCAAACGGUCUGCUGGCGUUUUCUGAUCCAGAAUUUAUCCAACCGCCGUAUACCUUUCCAAAUCCUCGAUGGCCUGAGCAAAGGGAUGCAUCGUUCAUCGCAGCAUUCUAUGCUGAUCAAAUCUUUCAAUUCGUCGGUGAACGUGGAAUUUCAAACGUGUGGUAUAGGAUCAUAUUCCGUCCUCGAGCCUUCGAAACGUUUGACGAAUGGGGUAGCCCGUUGAUGGAUUCCCGCGAUGAACACGGUUCAAUGUUUCAUACGGCUAGGGACCGUUAUGAGAAAAAGACAUGGGGUCGAGUUGAGGAUACGUACCUUUUGGACAACAUCACUAUGGCAAUCCGUGAAGGAAUCAUUGGUGCCAAUGGUUUUCGCGCUGAUUAUGCUGUCAUCGUGACAUGGGAACGAAUGGCAUACGGUGGUGCACCGAAGGUUACACAGGUAAACAGAUAUGAAGAAGCCAAACGUUGGACAAAUACGUAUCAAGUUGUACUGGCAACUGACGAAAUUCGGAGUUAUGUAAUGUUCAACUAUGCUCACAUCAACUGGACAUCAUCGAAUACAGCAGGAGCAUUACAAGGCCGUGGUGGUCUGCAGAGUGCUAUGGCUGGUUUUAAUGGAGGAAAUGGAACUGGCUGGACACCCUUGCCAUACUCCGGUGAAGGGCGUGUCAUAAAGCUGAAAGAGUUCUCCAAUGUCGGAAUUCCUGGUCGAUGGCUAUUCCGAGUUGAUGAAGAGAUAAUUCGAGGCGGUUGCAGUAAUGAGAGUGUAGGCUACUUGACCACGGCUCCGAUCGCUGCAACGAUGAUUGGCGGAGUGUACGUGAACGUUUCGGGCCCAUGUCUUCGUGGUGGUGACGUUGUCAAAGUGAUCUUUGAUGAAUACCAACUAAACAUGCAUCGAGCCCAAUGUGUCUUACCAGUGAAUCGAAUGUAUAAAACGGGUCUCGUGAAUGUGAAGAUGAGCCGUGAUGGUGGUCAAAGCUAUCCGUACGUCGGGACCUUCUACUUAUUGCAACCAGCCUUGGCAUCACCGGCUGUGAAACUAAUCGAUAAUCCAAGAGAGGUACACAAUAACUGGCGCAGUGCGAAUGCGACGCGGCUUCGAUUGGAAUGGGCUCCGUAUAAUUUGACAAACGAUGUGAAUGCAAUGAUCAACAUCAAAUUGAUGGGAUACUGGGAAGACACUGAUGAUCAUGUAUUUGAAGAGAUUGGUACCAUCGCAGAACGCACAUCAAAUGAUGGCUCAUAUGAGUUUGAUCCGAGGACGCUGGCUCGAACAUCGAUGCUGUUCGAUUCAUGGAGGCGCUAUUCAUUUGGAGCUGUCAGGAUUUCCAUAUCGGACACCGAUGAGAGUACUGGAGUCUUCUGGAGCAAGCUAACACCUUUUGGUUGGUAUUUCCGUGAUGUUUGGGAAUACGAAUACGGUAGAGAUUGGGCCUUGGAGCUAUGCCAAGAUUGGUUUGAUUAUGAUGGGAAACGCGUGAAUUUCGCUAUGGAUUUGGAACCAUUCCUUCCAUGCCCGUGUACACUCGAUCAGGCAUUCCUUGAUCUCGGACGAUACAUGCCACUGUUUGGAUGCGACGUUGACGGUGAUGCUUCGUGUGAAUACAACAAAGGAGCUCAACAUUGUGUAAUGAGUGUGGCAGCUACGUGGACUGGUGCCGGGCAGGUCUGCUGCUACGAUUUCGAAGGUUGGCUGAUGCAUUCGGAUGACUACGAAAAUGCGGCGCAUCUGAGAUUUUUCAGUCCUGGAACUGCUAUGAGAGCACAUCCGAUGGGUUCGUACCCCUUUAAACGGCCCCCAUAUGUCCCAUCGAUGUCGAAUUUUCACACCGAUAUCAUGGCAUACGAGAAAUGCUGUAAAUGGGCGGGUGCAUGCGAAUUCUACUUCUGGCGUCGACAAACCAGUGGAUGCCAAGAGUACAUACCACCAGUGGCAGGUAUUGCUUAUGGUGAUCCACAUUUUGUCACUUACGAUGGAACUCGUUACACAUUUCAAGGAAAAGGUUACUAUAUUCUGACUAUGAGCAAAGACCCACGACAUGACUUCCACGUCCAGAUUCGUAUGGAGCAGCCACCCAAAACAGAUUGGAAUCAAGAAGUGCAUGCGUCGGUGAUUACUGGAGUGGCUGCUCGAGAGAAUCAAUCCGAUAUCGUACAAGUGUUCGCUCGAAAAGAGUUCCGCAGGUGGCGUUAUCGAAUGGAUGUUGUGGUCAAUGGGCAUUAUCGGUUUUUCGAUACACCUGAAUUGAAAAUGCAACGGUUCAGAGGAGUUACAAUUCGAUCUCCUGAAAGAAAUCACAACCAGUCAGAGAUUCAUGUGAUGUUCGAUUCGGGUGCCGGUAUACGUGUAGCCGAGGCUCACGGCGUGCUCUCUGUGAUGACACUUCUGCCACCGGACUUCAAUGAGACUUUUGCGAACUACCGAGGCGCCUCCUAUCCGGGUGGUACUGAUGAAGAUGACUGGUACGGUCAGGCAUCGUCAGCACAACAAGAAUUCAUCAGAACAGUCUCUCUUUCACAGCCAUCCACAUUACAGUAUGUUGCAGGUGGUCAACGAUUCAUUACUGUCGGACUACUUGGUACCUUUAAUGGUAAUCACCUGGAUGAUCUGAUGGCUCCAGACGGUCAUAUCACAAUUGUAAACCAUCCACCUACUGAACAGGAUAACAUCAAUGCUUACAAAUUUGGAUCGAGAUGGCGUGUGGAUGGCUCGCGUCAUAAGCUACUUUUCCAAGACGAUGUGAAACCGAUCUACAAUCCUCUGCAGUUCGGUGAUGACAGAAGAUACGAUCCCGUGCACGACCCGUACCGUCUACAGUACAAUGCAAGCUUGGUAUUUACACUGGAUGAAGUGCGGGUAGCAUGUCAGAAUGUUUACGAAUGUGAGUAUGACUAUUUCCUCACCGGCCGUCGCGAGAUUGCCAUGAAUACGCUGGAAGUGCAGAGUAAACUGAUCGAGCUGAAGCAUAAAGGAUCACAACGAAUUCAGUCAUGCGGUGCUCUACUGGUAGCUCCGGGAGCAGUUAAAUAUCCUCCCGGAAACAAUUAUUUGGAUGGAGUCACGGUAACGUUCACCUGUAAACCGGAGUACUUUAUUCAUGGCAGUGCCCAAAGGACAUGUGUUAAUGGAUCGUGGACACCAGGAUGGCAUGUUUGGUGCAGAUAUCGUUCUGUCGAAAUUGGACUGAAAUGGAUGACCGGAAUACUGUCAUCGGUUGCGAUUCUGCUGUUUAUCACUGCCAUAUUUUUCGGUUGUUACAUGCGGCGUAUUGCACUCCACCCGGAAACUGGAAUUACAUUUCGAAAACCGCAACACAGCUCAAUGUCAACAAUAGUCUCAUCAUCACCGCUUCCUCAUAAGGAACCCUUGCGGUCAUCGUCGACAACUGGUCUGAAUCACAUCGAUGCUAAACGGUCGUCAGUACCAGCGCCAUCUAUUCUUCGUCACACCCGCUCGCCAUUCAGAGCAUAUGAGACAUCUACAUGA